AUGAGUAAAAGCCAGGAUGAACCUCCUCACGAACUUGAGAACCAGUUUAUACUGCGUCUGCCUCUGGAACAUGCUUCUACUGUCAGGAAGAUGGUACAUUCUGGAAGAGCCAUGAAGGAUAAACUAAAAAUUGACUUAUCUUCCGACGGACGUCAUGCAGUUGUUGAGGUGGAAAAUGUCCCACUAGCUGCUAAGCUGGUUGAUUUGCCUUGUGUUAUUGGAAGCCUGAAAACUCUGGAUAAAAAAACUUUUUACAAAACAGCAGAUAUUUCCCAGAUGCUUGUGUGCACUGCUGAUGGUGGUGUUCAUGCUCCUCCUGAAGAACCAGUUACCUCUACUGAUGUUACAGCAAUCAGGAAAAAUGAAAAACAGGGACAGAAAAAAUAUAUCUGGAAGCAUGGCAUUACUCCACCACUUAAGAAUGUCAGAAAGAAAAGGUUCCGAAAAACAACAAAAAAGCAUAUUGAUUUCAAACAAAUCGAAGAAAUCAGCUUUACUGAGUAUAUUGAAUCUCCUGAUGUGGAAAAGGAAGUGAAAAGAUUGCUGUGUUCAGAUGCUGAAGCCGUCAGUGCCCGAUGGGAGGUCAUUGCUGAAGGUGAAACCAAAGAAAUAGAGAGUCAAGGCUCCAUUCCAAGCUUUGGGAUAGCCUCAGGAAUGAGUGGCUAUAAGCAGGGUCCUAUCUCACCAGAAUAUAAUGUGCUUCGGGAAGUGUUCAGUGAGUCUAGCAGUAACAGUGAUAAUGAUGAGGAUGAGGAUGAUGAAGAGGAGGAGGAUGACUAUGAUGAUGUGGAUGAUGAGGAGGAAGAAGAGGAAGAUUAUUUCGAAGAGGAUCCAGAAGGGGAGCUACAGGCCAAGUUCAUUGAAUCUGGCCAGUAUGAAGCAAAGGAAGGAACCAGUUCAGUGGUCAUGGAAAUUCAGAAGCAGACUUAUUACGUGGAGAAAAAGCUGCAACAGAUUCGGUGCAAAGCACAAAGACAGAAGGAUCUCAUCAAGAAAGUGGAAAACCUGACACUCAAGAGUCAUUUUCAGUCUGUGCUGGAGCAGCUUAAAUUACAGGAAAAACAAAAAAGUGAGCAGCUUAUUUCUCUACGGGAACAACUAAACUAUUUUCUGGAGAAGUGAGGAGAGCCUUCAGCCUGGCACAUAAAUCCUGGAUUCACCAUCCAGACUGAAGACAAGAUGAAAUUGUUCCUGCUGCUUCUCCUUUCAUUGCCUUAUAUUGAAUCAUUUGUAUUUGUUUCUCUGAACCUUUUUUGCUAGUUAUAUUGAAAGUUUGUAGCCAUGUAGAAAGGUACAGAAUAUAAAAAAGUAGUAGACCUAAAGACCCAACUCAUCUCUAGGACUUUGCUUCUCUUUAUCAAUUUGAGAAUUACUUAUAUUGCCUCUGUCCUGUGGUGCCAUCAAAUGAUUCAGCCUUGCUUACCAAAGUCAGACCUUCUAGCCUGAAGGCUAUAUAGCUAGUUUGCAUACAUUUUAGCGUUUUCUUCUUCUGUUUGUUUAAAAUAGUUCCUAAAAUACAGAACAAAUCAAGCCAUUUCUACCAAGGGCUAGGACCUGCCACAGUGAAUUUAAGUGCCUACCUGGCAACAGCCGAUACUAGAUUGUGUUCUGUCUCUGUUCAGGCAUUAGAGGCUGAUUUCCUGCUGCUGCUGUCUUUGUUCCAUUGUUGUGUUUUUAGGAUGAUGUCUAGCUGUUAUUUGGCAGCUCUGGGAAUAGUUAAAGCAGAGAUGAAAUUCUGAGCUCUUAUCCUUUUUCUGAGCCUCUUCAUUCUAACCUCAUCAGAAGAGGUUAGGAAAAAACAGAUACCUCUUAUGCCUGUGAAAACCUCCUUAAAAACCCUGGGCUGGUUGGGGUUUUUUUCAUCUGUAUUAAGAUUUUCUAGACUGUAU